AUGGAAUCGGUUCAUAAAGAGUUUAAACUAAGUCAAGAAACAUUCAAAGCCAUCGUCCAAGGAUUUAUAUCCGAGUACAAUCAUGGACUAAACACAGCUUCAGCAUCCGGUCUGGCCACAAUGAUCCCCUCUUAUGUCACACGUUUGCCCACAGGUCAGGAAACAGGUACGUUUCUUUCAUUGGAUUUAGGGGGAAGCACCCUUCGUGUGUGUGCCGUCGAAUUACUAGGUCAGUCCAAGGUUAAAGUCACUCAGAUCCGUCAAACGAUUGCUCCUAAUGAUCCCAUACGGACGAGUGAAGCUACUGAAUUCUUUGAUUGGAUUGCUCUUGCUGUUGCUCAACUUGUUCACACACUAGGUUCAUCCAAACCUUUGUCGAUGGGCGUCUGUUGGAGUUUCCCUAUAGAUCAAACGAGCAUCUCUAAAGGAAAAAUUCUGCGUAUGGGAAAGGGUUUCACCAUCAAGGGUCUCGAAGGGCAUGAUCUGUCCGACCUGCUUCAUGCGGCGUUUCAACGAAGAGGUGUUCCUGUCAGGGUCACUGCUCUGGUCAACGAUACUGUCGGAACACUUGUGGCCCACGCAUACACGAAUCCAAAGGCACGUAUUGGGUUUAUCUAUGGUACGGGUGUUAAUGCUUCCUAUCCAGAAGAAAUGAGACGAAUAACAAAACUUCAUGGUUAUCAACAGGAGGGCAAGAUGCUGAUCAAUACUGAAAUUGAUAUCUUUGGGAGCGAGUCUUAUCUUCCUCUCAACAAGUAUGAUCGCGAACUUGACAAAAACCACAGUCAACCCAAGUUUCAACUUUAUGAAAAGAUGAUGUCCGGUGCCUACAUUGGCGAACUUGUUCGACUGGCCGCCCUGGAUCUCAUCCAACAAGGUCACCUCUUUCAAAGUCAUCGACCCAAAGAGUUUGACGUUCCUUUGGAAUUUGAUACGGCUAUUCCUAGUGAUAUCGAAAGUUGUUUGGAACUUGCCCCACAAGAGCGACUCGCUCGCUUCAGUUCUCAUUUUUCUUUCCGUUCAGACGAUAAUUACGUUCCUACACUACAUGACCUCGACAUUUUCACACAAAUCUGUUUGUCCGUGUCCAAUAGAGCUGCUCAGUUAGCCGCCGCAGCCAUGGUCUCCUUGAUCGAGCAGCAGGACGACCUACUGAGGUCAACUGAACCAAUUGUCAUUGGCAUCAACGGAUCCACCUUUGAAAAAUAUCCUGCAAUGUCUAACCGUAUCCAGCAGUCUCUCACCAACUGGUUUGGCCCCAAUAUAAGCCAGCGUAUUCAGCUAGAAAUCGCGACUGACGGUGGUAGUAUUGGUGGUGCUCUCAUUGCCAUGCUUGCUGGAAAAGAACACAAGUCUACCUACCUUCAACAGUUGCCACGGUUCAGCUGCCUUUGGCAAUGGUUAUCUUUCUUUAAGUUCAAUGACAAAGAAGAUAAAGAAAAACAUCAACGUAUAUAA